AUGACACGAGAUGUUACAACACUGCCCUCCCCACAACAACAGCCGUGGUCCAGCCUGCACCUACACUCAUCGCCACCGCCACCGCCACCGCCACCACCACCAUCCCCACCUGCCAUUUUAUCCGGCUCUCUGCUCCAACACAGUGUCAUCCCAACCUACACUCACCUGCUUUUACAGCAGGAACGAGGCAGUCCUACCCUCCUACCUACCUACCUACCCACCUACCAACCUACUGUCACACCACCUUUCCCUCCGUCUCGCACAUCAUGCCAACAACAAUGGAGGCUUGCAGGAGUGUCCCAAUUACCAACCGGUGUGGCAAGCAUCUCGAGGACUAAGUGUGAUGUUGAAAAUCGGUCAUAG